UGAAGUCGUCGUGGCCUAAAGGAUAAGACGUCCGGUGCAUUCGUAUGUAGCGAUGCACCGGUGUUCGAAUCCCGCAGGCGGGUACCAAUUUUUCUAAUGAAAUACGUACUUAACAAAUGUUCACGAUUGACUUCCACGGUGAAGGAAUAACAUCGUGUAAUAAAAAUCAAACCCGCAAAAUUAUAAUUUGCGUAAUUACUGGUGGUAGGACCUCUUGUGAGUCCGCACGGGUAGGUACCACCACCCUGUCUAGUUCUGCCGUGAAGCAGAAAUGCGUUUCUGUUUGAAGGGUGGGGCAGCCGUUGUAACUAUACUGAGACCUUAGAACUUAUAUCUCAAGGUGUGUGGCGCAUUUACGUUGUAGAUGUCUAUGGGCUCCAGUAACCACUUAACACCAGGUGGGCUGUGAGCUUGUCCACACAUCUAAGCAAUAAAAAAAAUUUAAAAAAUACAGGGUGACAAAUUGAUUAUGUAACAAUAUACAUAAUUAUUAUAUAUUCUGUUUCCUUUAAAACAUGCGAAUUUCAGUCGCGAGUUGACGGGAACUAAUUUAUAGCUACACAGUGUUGAAAUAUAUUAAAACUGUCAAAUUAAUAUUUAUUUCGGACUAGCUGACCCAGCAGACUUCGUAGUGCCUUAAUCGAUAAAUAAAAGAUCUAAACUUUUGUAUAAAAUAAACUUAAAGCAAACAAAAGGAAUCCGUUCAACGGGGGACACAUCAAAGGAAAACCAAAAUAGUUAUUUUUAUUUAUUUCCGAGCAUUUUCAUACUUAUAUACCUUUUAAACCUUCUCUGGACUUCCACAAAUAAUUCAAGAGCAAAAUUAGCCAAAUCGGUACAGCCGUUGUCGAGUUUUAGCGAGACUUACGAACAGCAAUUCAUUUUUAUAUACCUAAGUAUAUAUAGAUAACCCAAGUUGUACAUGAUCACUUUCGUAUUUCAGGCAGUCCACGCUAACACACUCCCGUACCUAAUGUUGUACAAAUGUAAGAGCAUUUUAACUACAACUGAUACCCAAGUGCCUUUACAACUGUCGGCUUGGACAUGUGACAUGCGCCCCGCCGCGGACCUCACGUCGGGCGCGCUAGGGUCCUUUAACACAUACAAUGAACAUUCGAGAGUUCUCCCUGUGUUCACUGCGGACGGCGAGGAUCAGCCUGGUUUAGGCGGAACUAGACACGUCGCAGGUCGGUCCGGGGCUAAUGGCAGGAGAGACUGGACGGUUAUAAACGAGGAGUACCCGGGGCUGAUGCGUCAACUCAUGAAAAAAAAAUCAAAAUACUUCAUUUAGGAUACACAUACCGGUUGGUUUUGUUUCAUCACUAUAACUAUUCAGACAAUGAUUACUAUUCUAAGACAGCUUCAGAUUUCAUCGGAAGUACCUCUACCAAAGCGCGAGUCCAAAAUGUUCUUCCUUGAUAUAAUCUGUGUCUGUAUGUUGUUGUUGUUGUAAACUAUUAAAUAAAUAAUAAAUAAAUAAAUAUUUACUAACAAUCACGCCACGUUAACUGGUCCCUUGAUAAGUUCGUAAAAAACUUGUGUUACAGGUACCAGAUAACGGAAAUAUACAUCCAUAACCCUGGAAAAGACAUUUAUAUUUAUCAUACAAAUAUCUUUCCUUGGCGGGAUUCGAACCCGCGACCCCCUUGUGUAGUGACCAUGUCACUUACCACUACACCAGACGGUCGUAAAUUGAUUGGUCUUACUUAGUUCCCUACUUAGUGAAAACAUUCCUUAAUACAGCUACGUUGAUACUUCAAGCAACAACAACAUACAGAGCGCUUGUCUUUUCAAGAAGUUUACGUGUUUUCGGCAUUUAAUAUAGCAUUAAUUUUAAUUAAAAAAAUGUUAAAGUUCAUACCCAAAGUAGAUAGACCUGUUUUUGUAAUAAAAUUUGCCUUGGUCACGAAAA